UUGUAUACAAUUUUGAGUGUCCGAUUCUUGAAGAUUUUUUCUUAAAUUUUUUUUUUUGUCUUUGGAAAAAAGGUAGUUUUCUUGCUUAAAAUGGCAACGGCACAUGUAAGAAGUGUUAAAAGCCUCUAUAAAAGGUCACUCCGUAUGCUUGAAAGCUGGUAUGAUCACAGAUUUCAGUAUCGUUAUCAAGCUGUUCUGAUGAGAGAUCGCUUUGACAAAAACAGAAAUAUCAAAGAUCCACGCCAAAUUGACACAAUAUUGAAUGAAGGCGAACAAGAAUUAUUCAAUAAACAACAUCCACAACCAAGGAGAUUCGCUAAUUCGCCCGGUGGAGUUGCAUUUGAGCGUGAAGUAGUUCCACCUGACUGGGUUGUUGAUUUUUGGCAUCCUUUAGAAAAGGCUCAAUAUCCAGAAUACUUUGCACGUCGAGAACAACGCAAAGCAGAAUAUUUGGCUAUGUGGGAUAAAAAGUACGGAAAAGGAACGGAUGAACAUCACCAUUAAAUUAAUCUAUUUUGAUGGGAUCUAAAACAUAUUGAGUGUAGUGCUGUAU